AUGAUGAGCGGAAGGCCGGGCCGAGUGCCCUUACAGUUUCUGCCGGACGAGGCCCGGAGCCUGCCGCCGCCCAAGCUGACCGACCCGCGGCUUGUCUACUCCGGUUUCUUGGGCUACUGCGCCGGCCUGAUUGAUAACGCGAUCCGGCGGAGGCCGGUGAUGUCGGCCGGUGUGCAUCGCCAGCUUCUGUAUGUCACUUCCUUUUUUUUUGUUGGAUAUUACCUUGUAAAACGUCAGGACUAUGUAUGUGCUGUGAGGGACCAUGAUAUGUUUGCAUACAUGAAAUCACAUCCGGAGGAUUUUCCUAAAAAAGAUAAGAAAAUUUAUGCUGAAAUUCUUGAAAAAUUCUAUCCAGUGCGUUGA